CUGGUAAAAUGACGCAAACCAUAGUUUACGUUCAGUGAAGUGGUAAUACGGUUCCCAGCCACACGCUGUAGCGCCAGCUCCCGCCUGACUGUCUGCGUAAAGCUCGGCGAAUCUCAAGUGGACCGUGAAGGAACUGGUUCAGUAAAUUCUCCCAAACAGAGGAUCUGUUAUUUGUACAUCGUCCUCCCUCCCCCACAGCCACUUCUUCUUGUGCCCACUACAAUGGAGAGAGAAUGAGAAGAGGUGCUCCAAGCAGAACAUGAGAAUGGAGACGUGCACAAAGAACAAUAACACCACACUCAGAGGUGAGAGUGCGAUGAGGAGAGGAGCCAGAGAGUGAGGCGAUGGGCUGCACCUCUGCUAAGCAGGUGUCGGCCGUGCCCAGCGACGAGGAGGGCCGGGGCAAGGCCUACAGCAACGGAGACCUCUUCACCGACGAGUACAAGAUGAAAGGAGUGGAGGAGGUGAAGUACAUGCGUGGAGAGGAGGACCGGGUGAACGCACGCAACCAGGAGAACCUGGAGAAGACCUCUUUACAGUACAGGGGGAAACCGCACAAAGAAGGCUCUGGAGCCAACGCCAACAGGACAAAUAUCCACACAUCAGAGAGCCAGCAGGAGUUCUUCAGGAUGUUGGAUGAGAAGAUUGAGAAGGGACAAGACUACUGUUCAGAGGAAGAAGAGGCAGAGGAUGGGACAUAGCAAACAAGGCCUGACUCAACCCCCAACAGAGAGCCUCCCAGAGUGUGUGCGAGUGCAUGUUCGUCUGAAUCAGUGUGUGUAUGUUUGUUCCACUGCCUUUGUAUGUGAUUCUGUAUGUGUCUGUGAGCAUGUAGGUUUUUUGUGUGUGAAAGCGAGAUGGAUAGCUAUUCUCAAAGACUGUUGCCCCCCUCUUGGCUGUCGUCCCAUUGGGCCCCUGAGUGGAUUACUGGAGGGAGAGACGAACGAGGAGACAUACAGACAGACAUGUGGACUCACUGCCCUGCAGGACUAUGGAGAGACGCACAUGGAGACGGACAUGCAAACCGACAUGUGGACUCACUGCCCUGCAGGACUAUGGAGGGACCCUCCCCUCUACCCCAACUACCACCCCAGUGAACUGUACUGUGGUCCCUGGUCCAGCUUUGUGUAUACCACCCCAUGACUACAACAUGGAGAAGGAGGACGAACAGAGGAAGAAUGAGCAUUAUGGGAGUCUGGGAGACACCCUCCUGGUUUCCAUCCUCCAUGGCCCUGACUAUUGUGCUUUGCUUGUGAGGAGCAGAGAUGUGGAUAGAGAAAGAGAGGUGCUGGGGAGGGGGAGGCACUUCCUUAACCCCCAUCAGACAACGGAGGCUCGCUGCUGCAGUGGGCCAGAGGACCUGCGAGAGGGUAGGGGGAGGGGAGGGGGAGUAAAGAAAAACCUAGAUAUUUUAAUAAGAGAAAGAAGAGUCAGUGAGUGGCUUAUUUUGAAACUCUGAGCUCCUGCCUUUUUGAAGGACUUUUUUAUUAUGUUGAUCCAGUUCAUUAUUUUUAGUUUUUUUUAAUGUUUUUUUGUUUGUUUUGUUUUUGGCUUCUAUCCUAGUGCAUCACCUCCUGCAGGCUACAGCUCUAUAGGUCAGAGUUCCUGUGUCACUACAUAACCUGUCCUCUUAAAUAUACCCUCAACGCUAAUAUACCAGACCCUGGCUAUGUGAAACACACUCAACUUCAUAUGCAUAGAUGCAGACACAGAAGUGCACACUCGUAC